UGUUUAAACAAACACACUGGGACUAAUACUAUGGGGAAGAAGGGGAUUGGAGAGUCGGUGACGAACCCGACCAAGUCAUUUUGGAAACACCCACAAAAGUAGCAUCGGAGGAAGAGGAAGUGGAACACACAACAGACGACAGAGAGCCUUCUUCCGGCGAGGCUGCCCCCCCCUCUCUCUCUCUCUCUGGUUUGCUCGCUCGCCCGCCGGCCCUUGCCACAUUGAUUGCGCCACGGAAGGGAGGGCGGAAGAGGGUCAUCAUCAGUCUGCUAUUAUCACUGCCGCUUUCCAGGUCCUCAUAGUCUCUACGACUUUCGCUCGAAGCGGUACAAUUCCUUCAUAAUUUCCUCAAAGCGGCCACUCCUUGAUCCCCUUUUCAUUCUCAAUCGCACAAGCUGCCGCACUCAGGAAGGCAGAAUUGACUUUCCUUGCUAUUUGGGAAAGGGAAAUAACCAUGACUGAUUAUAAGACUCGUGAUGGCAAGGAACCCAUGAAAGAUUUACAGGACGGGGUUACCAAUGAUACCUCGAUGGUUGAUGCAGCGGUUGCAGAAGAGGAACAAUUGUCUCGCCCAGAGGAGACCCAACUUGGAAGCAAGGAUUUCCCCUCCUCCAAUGUCUCACAAACUGGAAAAGAGUCUCCUGAAUUUGAUGAUGCAAAAAAUGAAAACAAAGAAUCCCCUCUCCCAGAUCAUGCCCAAAACCUAGUUGCAACUGCAAAGCUGUCCCCGAUCAAAGAUUCUAACCACCCAAAUGUUCAAAGUAUUGAAUUUCCCAAUGAAGGUAUUGAACUACAAGGUUUAACCGAACCUUCUGUUGUAAUCUCAGCCCAGGCAGCUAUUGAUGCUCGUAUAGGUGCCAAUGUAAAUGAGCUACAAGUCAACAGCGAAGAAGUUGAUGGCACUGUGGAACUGAAGAAUGGGCUGGCUGCGGUGGAGUUGAAUCCAGAUAUUGUAACGAAUGAAGAGGAAUUAGUUAUCGGCGAAUCAGGGAUAGAGCUUCCAUCUGGAAAUGAUAGAAAGAACAAGGCAUCUAACACUGAAGUCAGCAGGGCAGAGUUGUCGCUGGAAAAUGAAAUAAAGGAAAAGGAAUUCAGUGUUGGGGUAACUGAAAUAGAGUUACCUCCUGACAGUGGAACAAAGGAGGGGGAAUUAGACAAUGUUGUGACUGGGACGGUGGUGCCACUAGUUAAUGAAAUAAAAGGAAAAUUAAACCAUCCAUCUACAGGGGUGGAGUUGCUACCAGACAAUGAAUUAAAAGAAGAAGCGCCAAAGCCUGAGCUGGAUGUAGGGGAUCCAGCUGUGAACAAGAGUUCAAACAAGUCAUUCCUCUUGGAACCAAAUGUUACUGGGGAUGAUGAGCCAGGAACAGAAGAGGAGCAAGCAGCAUUCAUGAAGGAGCUGGAAAUUUUCCACAAAGACCGUUGUUUGGAAUUCAAACCACCAAAAUUUUAUGGAGAGCCACUAAAUUGUCUCAAGUUAUGGAGAGCAGUCAUCAGACUUGGUGGCUAUGAACAGGUGACAUCAUGCAAGUUGUGGCGGCAAGUUGGAGAAUCAUUCAAACCCCCAAAGACCUGCACUACUGUCUCAUGGACAUUUCGGUGUUUCUAUGAAAAGGCGUUGCUAGAAUAUGAAAAACAUAAAAUGCGUAGUGGUGAGCUUCCAUUUACCGAUGCUUCCUUUGCAGAGCCUGUGAGUGCUGGUGAUCCAUCAGGCAUGCAGCAAGCAUCACGAUCUGGCACUGGCCGGGCUAGAAGAGAUGCUGCAGCUCGUGCAAUGCAGGGUUGGCACUCUCACCGUCUUCUUGGGAAUGAAGUUGGGGACCCAAUUAUAAAGGACAAAAACUCUACCUCGACACCAAAACGUGAAAGGCAGCUUAAAAAUAUUGGUUUGCUUAAACGUAAAAAGGCAUCUCCUGUUGAACGUGCUGUCAAAGCUGCACGGCUGAAAGCAUCUAAAUCACAAUCUGAUACAAUGGUUGUUGAAAUUGGCCCCCCUGCUGACUGGGUAAAAAUCAAUGUGCAGAGAACUAAAGACUGCUUUGAGGUAUAUGCUUUGGUUCCUGGGCUUUUGCGUGAGGAGGUUCGAGUCCAGUCUGAUCCAGCAGGGCGCUUGGUUAUAUCUGGUCAGCCAGAGCAAUUGGACAAUCCUUGGGGCGUCACUCCAUUCAAAAAGGUUGUCAGUCUACCUUCUAGGAUUGAUCCUCAUCAGACCUCUGCUGUGGUCACCUUACAUGGGCAGCUGUUUGUGCGAGUUCCAUUUGAGCAGCCGGAUCUUUAGAUGUGUAGGGUGUAUUAUGUUUCUUGUGCAUAAAUUGCUCUAACCAUCUCUGGGAAGAGAGUUGGAGUUUUCUUGGAAGAAAUUAUAGGCUUUAGAUAUAUACAUAAGUAGCAACUGGAUGCAUUUUAUGCUUGGGGCGCUAGUGCGUGGAACUGAAGCUUUACAAUGUAGCUAACUCAACCAGUAUGAUAUAUACAACGUAGUUGAAUAGUGAGGAAUUA